AUGUCGCAGAGAGAUCCUGCGACUCGACCUUCGUCUCGUCGAUCUUCGACAUCGCCUCUCGUAUCAACAGGACCUCGACUACCCGAAUCAUGCGUCGGCAGUCAUGACGACGCCGCCGCCGCCGGUAGUAUCAAAACCGAGCCAAGUAAUACUCCAGCUCAGGUGCAGCAGCUGCCGCCCAAAGCCUUGGGCAUGCUCAACAUUCUUAAUCCACCUGAUGCACGGGCGAUGGGUUCGCAAGGAGCCAGGCAGUCGUCCAAGCAGCUCGGUUACUUCCCAACCUCUUAUUCGAUGUCGGCAACAUAUGGUCCUUCGAAACAUGGUGGUCUUGGCCAUUCGUCUUCCGCAUCCUACCCAGGAACACCUAUUGGCAACGCUGGCUUCCCGUCAGUGAGAUCCGAACGUUCGUCUCUGAGCAUGAGCCAUCCAUCCGCAUUUUUGGACGAGCCGAGAAAAGUCCUCAGCCCAAAGAUCCCGCGGCCAGCCAGCCUGGGCUCAGGGAGCAGCAGCCUGUCUCGCGACAUGGACUCGCGAGCCCGCGGCUAUACUACUACGACAUCACCAGCAAAACGGCCGUACGAGCCUGACGUGCCGGACGAACCCAGACAACUGACAAAUCUUCAUCAGGCUGCCCGGAUGGCGCAUGUCACUGGCGCACGAGCGUCAACACCACCACAAGGAUCCCUGUCUGAGCCAGUGGCGCGAAAUUCUGAUGUUUCCCUUCCCUCGACACAGCCAGGACUUGUCCGGGAGAUUCCAGGGUUACCGCCCCAUGCACACGGUCACUUGCAACACAGUCCGCCGCCAGUACCAUUGCCGACGGGAGCUCGUCUUCCAGAAGGCACAUCUCCUUGGGCCGAGGUGAUGCGUAGAUCUGGAAUCGCAGGAUCAGGAGGCAUUGAAGGACAGCAAGCCUUCAUGACGCUUCCGGGAAGCGAUAUUCCCAUACCAGUGCAGGUCGAUUAUUCCCAAGCGUCGAAAAAAGCGGAUGAGAAGCGACAGCGGAACGCGAAGGCUUCGACGAGGCAUCGGCGGAAGAAGAAGACGAUCCAGGAGGAGAAUGUGAGGCAGCUACAGGAUCUCAAGGAAGAGAGACAGCAAGUGGCGGAUGAAUUGGAGCAAAUGAGGCAGCAGCGGGAUUUUUACCGAGACGAGCGGAACCGAUUGAGAGACAUUGUAUCCCGCACACCUGGUAUUCAUCAUCAUGCCGCUGGACCUCCAAGUCCAACACCGACGACGCGAAGUGCCGAGUCGCACACAGAACGGAGUCCGACUGCGCAACAACUCGCCUCUACCCCUGUGCCCGGUUACAGCGGCGAAUGUCCGUCGGUCGACCGGCCUGUUCAGCGCUCAGGUGUAGAGGGCCGCGCUGAAUACAUGGGCCCAGGCUUCGUUCCGGGUGCGGCGCCGGGGGCCCUACCGUCUCCACUGGGCCAGCCUUACGGAGCAGGCCAGGACAAGGUCAUGAACGAGAUCCCAGGACGGGGCAGUGGCGACCCGUGCCCCCAAGGCAAGUUGAGACGGGAUGGGCAACUGUGCCUAGAAAGACGGGAGAGAGUCAGCAAGGUCACAGCCAAGCACAUCCUUGGUAGCUUUGACCCCCAGGGUUGCUAUGCAUGA